CCCUUUUACUACUAGUAUAUCAAUAUCAAUAUUAUCAUUAUAUGCAGCAGAGUGAACCAGAAUACCUUUUUGCCUUACUCUUCUUCUCCAUAUCCCUUUGCCUUUUUGGUCACCAAAACAACCUCUAUAGAAGUUGGUUUACCUCUUCCUCUUAACCAAAUUCUUCUUUUUCUUCCUAUGUAUAGGACUUAGGACUAUGCAGUAAUGAUGAAUAAUCAGUUCAAGAAAUGAUGAUGAACUUCUCAAAAACUGAUUCUGAGUAUUAUUCUUUGUGGUCAUUUAGUGUCUUUCUCUUCUUUCUUUUGUGUCCUUCAUUUGGUCUUAACAUAGAUGGAACUCUCUUGUUAUCUUUCAAAUACUCAAUUCUUGAUGACCCUUUAUCAGUUCUUGAUAAUUGGGAUUAUAAUGAUGCAACCCCUUGUUUAUGGACUGGUGUAACUUGUGCACCAGAUAUGUUUAGAGUCACAAGUUUAGUCCUACCAAAUUCUAAGCUUCUUGGUUCUAUUCCAACACAAUUAGGCUUCAUUCAACAUCUACAUACUAUUGACCUGUCUAAUAAUUUCUUUAAUGGAACUCUUCCUAUUUCACUUUUCACUGCUUCUGAACUUCAAGUACUUUCACUGUCCAACAAUGCUAUUUCUGGUGAAAUUCCUGAGUCAAUUGGAGGGUUAAAGAGCUUAAAACUUCUCAAUCUUUCUGUCAAUGCAUUUACUGGAAAUGUUCCACAAAAGCUGACUUCUUUACAGAAUUUAGCUGUUGUUUCUUUAAGGAACAACUUCUUUUCUGGUACAAUACCAAGUGGAUUUCAGUUUGUUGAAAUGUUGGAUCUUUCUUCUAACUUGUUGAAUGGAACAUUACCUGAUGAAUUUGGUGGUGAUAGCUUGAAAUACUUGAACCUUUCUUCUAACAAGUUGUCAGGUUUAGUUUCACCACAAUUUGCCAAGAAAAUACCAGCAAAUGCUACUAUUGACCUUUCAUUCAACAACCUUACAGGAGAAUUACCAGAAUCUAUAGCUUUGUCCAAUCAGAAAACAGAGUUUUUUGCUGGAAAUAUAGAUCUUUGUGGCAAACCACUCAAGAAACUAUGUACUAUCCCUUCAACUUUAUCAUCUCCACCUAAUGUCACCACAAACACUUCUUCUCCAGCAAUUGCAGCUAUCCCAAAAGAAAUUAACUCAACCCCACUUCAAGAUUCAGCUAGAAAUACAGAAAGUGCAGGUCAAGAUCAACCACAACAUGGGCUUAAACCAGGAGCAAUAGUGGGGAUCAUAGUUGGUGAUUUAGCUGGUGUUGGUGUUCUUGCUAUUGUCUUUCUUUAUGUUUACAAAUUGAAGAAGAAAAAAGCAAGUGAAGCAAAUAUAGAAAGCUCAAUUGACAAAGACCAAAAAUACAACAAAACUCCAGAACCAGCAGUACUUGUUCUAAAACAAAAAAAUACUAGUACUACAAGAAGUUCAAGUCUUGCAAAUUGGCCAUGUUUGACUAUAACAAAUGGUGAAGAAACUUCAGCAACUGGUUCAGAUACUGAUGACAACAAAACCCAAGAAAUUGAAGAACAAGUUGAGUAUGAAAUGGAUGAGAAGAAAAAGAAAGAAAGGUCAUUUGUAAUGGUGGAUGGUGAAACAGAAUUAGAGCUAGAGACUUUGUUAAAAGCUUCAGCUUAUAUUUUGGGAUCAAGUGGAGCUAGUAUCGUGUACAAAGCUGUGUUAGAAGAUGGAACUGCAUUUGUUGUUCGGAGAAUAGGAGAAAAUGGUGUUGGAAAAUUGAAGGAAUUUGAGAAUCAAGUCAGAGCCAUUAAUAAGCUGCGACACCCUAAUCUUGUUCGUAUUAGAGGUUUCUAUUGGGGAGAUGAUGAGAAGCUUGUCAUCUAUGAUUAUGUUUCUAAUGGAAGCUUAGCCAAUGUUGGUUACAGAAAAGUUGGUUCUUCUCCUUACUUUUUACCAUACGAAGUCCGGCUCAAGAUAGCAAAAGGAAUUGCAAGAGGAUUGACCUACAUCCACGAGAAGAAACACGUGCAUGGCAAUAUCAAACCUAGUAACAUUCUCUUAACACAAAAUAUGGAGCCUAUAAUCAGUGACCUUGGACUUCAUGGGCUAAUGCAUGGUAAAAAUAGCUGUAAACCGGAUAAUUCAGCCCGGCAUUUUGGUAGCAAGCGGUCCACGUCCUCCCGAGACGGUUUACAUGAUCAACCGGUUCAUGGUAGCCCUUACAUUGCCCCAGCCGGGUUCGUCGGGUGCACAUCCCCGUACCACGCGCCCGAGUCGCUGCAGAGCCUCAAGCCUAGUCCUAAAUGGGAUGUUUAUUCCUUUGGUAUUGUGUUGCUUGAGCUUCUAACCGGGAAAGUAUUUUCGGACCGGGAGUUGAGCCAGUGGACCACCGGUUCAGUAGUGGAUGACAAGAACCGGGUGUUGAGAAUGGCUGAUGUGGCAAUUAAAGCUGACGUGGAGAGCAAGGAAGAGACCACGGUGUCAUUGUUUAAGCUAGGGUUUAGUUGUGCAUCAUUGAAUCCACAAAAAAGGCCUACAAUGAAAGAUGCCCUUCAUAUGCUGGAUAAAGUACCAGGCUAUUCACAUUACUAAUCAUUAUGUUGGACCAAGAAAAGCUACUAAAGUAUUAUUAUUUGGGGUGUAAAGGGCUGUAGUUCUCUUUGUUCUUCUUUUGACUUAGAAAGAUUUUGCUUUGCUACAUAAAGAGGAGGAGAGCCGUUGUUGUAAUUGAUGAAAGUGUUGUAAGUUUGACGAAUUGAUCAAGAAUUUAUUUAUUUUGGAUUAACCUUC